AUGUGUAACAACAACACUUCACUUCCCUCGUAUCCAAACCUUAAAAAAUCUGAGCCCUCUCCUCCUAAAGAAAGUAGAGAUUUGGUGAAUGCCUUCUUGAAAGCGUUUCCUCAAGAUGAGCUACCUUUUAAAACUAUACAUCAGCGGUACUUUAAAAACGUACUCUAUUGCAAAAAAUACUUGUAUUAUCUUUGCAUUGCUGAUGAAAAACGUUUCAAAGAAGAACAUAAACUCAGGUCUCACUUGUAUCCAGAAUCAUGGAAGCAAUUUAGAAACUGCUGUUUGGAUUUGGUGAUUGAUCAAAAUUUUAAAGUUCCUAAAAGAAAAGACAGAAAGAGAGAUUAUAGUCGCCUCUUUCAAGAACGCUUGGCAUGGUUACCAACUAUGUAUCAGGAAGUCGUGGGUCUCCCUUUUACGAUGAACGCCAAGGUGGAAAUACCAAGUGUGAACUGCGAAAUCUAUCCAGCCUUUUUUUCCAAGCGUUUGAUUGUAAUGGUUGCACCUAACAUCAAGAACAACAUUCAAGCUAUGCAACAAAUGGUUUAUGCUUUAUGUUUCUCAUCAGAGACUAAAAAUCCUGAUGGAGUGUUGAUGGAUGAAGAGGAUAUCUUUGUGAUAUGUCGUUUGAAUGAUGGAACGUUGUAUCUGUAUGAACAGUUGAAGUCUAAUUUCGUUCCAGACCUUUGUUUUCUCUUCGGAACGCUGCUUGGUUUGGCUAAUCGGACACCACGCAAUGAAAAAAUUGUUAAAGACGUUGAUCAAGACAUCCCUGUUAGAUAUUUGUUGACCAUUGAACCGCUUCUUGAAAAACUUGGAAAGAAAGGGGUCAACGCCAUGUACAAUAAGGCAGUCAGACGUAGAUAUCAUGAGCUAAACGAGAAAGAAGAACAAUCUCAGUAG